AUAGUAGAAGGUCUUGUUGCAAUAUGGGCUGGAUCUAAAAGAGAAUGAGGGAAGGAAGGCGGCCAAGUUUCAUAAUAUUCCAAAAGUGAGAGAAAGAAACACUCUCCAGCGUCCCAAUCAUUGCAGUACAACAUUUGACACUUCAAAUUUGAGGAUUAUUGUGGUUUAUCACACUAAAUUUCAUGAAUGUGUGAUCUUCUCACUGAAUUUGUUUUCCGAAAAGGAGGGCCCUCAUGACUGAGAUUGAGGAUUUUUCCUCUGAACCAACAACAGUCAACCAAUUUCAGAGUCAAAUUUCGACCAACAAUGGAAUGCAAAGUUCAGACAUGUCUGAAACCUCCUCGAAUUCCUCACGGAAAAGAAAAAGUAAGGGUAAGAAGCUAUCAUUCAAGCGACGAAACCCUAGCGUGGUUGUUCGACGUCAUAGGGCUAAUAAUGUGGACACUAUUGGCCUUCCUCUGGGAAUGUCAUUCGCCGCCGUUAUGGCUCAGGUAUUGUAUAGAAAAGAUGUAGCAGCUGAGAGUAUAUCUCCAAGUCAUCUUUCAGUGAUGUGUACAUCAGCUAUCAAGGAAUCUCUUGCCAGUGUUUUUGGAGAUAAGCUAGAAGGUUUGACAAGAAACUUUGAGCAAUCUUUUAGUAGCACAUUGAAUACUCUCCAAUCAGUUUAUGAAUCAUCCAAGUGCAAUGAAGGAAAUAAAUUGAAUAAUAUGAAGAUGGAAAUUCUGAGUUCUAGAUUGACUCUUGACAAAGGAGAAUGCUCAGCUGAUACUUUUAGAGAGAGUGGUCCUUCAAGACCAUAUGAUACUGAAAUCCAUCAAUCAAUCAGUCAUGAUCUUGUUGAAGAGGUCAGGGAUAACUUUCAUAGGGACUCUGUCAAUCAUGAUUAUCCUGAAGAGGACAGGGGAGGGGAUAACUUUCAUGUGAAUUCAGUUACUGAUGAUUCUCCGGAAGAGGGCAGAGAUAAAUUUCAUAUGGAUUCAGUUAGUCGUGAGCUUGCAUUAUAUGGGCAAUCAGAUCAAAUGGUUUCUUUUUCUCAAAUAUCAUUUGGAUCAAUAAAUAAUCCUAUGGUUAGUAUUUUUGAGAAGCAUGUCGCAGAGCAGGGUCGUUCUAAUGACCUCAAGGCACUUGCAAUUGGCCUUAAAAUGGAAGAAUUGAACAUGAAAAAGGAUGAAUUGGCUCUCAACCGUGAUUUGAAUAGUCUAAGCAGAUCGAAAUUAGCCAUGGGAGAAUCAAAGGCAUCUUUCAAAGCUGAAAAGUUUAAGACUGAGUUAGAAGAUACUAGGCAUGGUGAACUAAAAAAGAAGUGCAUAGACUGUCUUAUCACUGGUUUGCUCAUUAUGUCAUCCUCACUUUUCUAUGGUGCUUAUGUCUAUUCUUAUGAACGGAUUACUGAAGCUACUGAAUCAUGUACACCAUCAACCCAGGAAUCUUCCUCCUGGUGGACUCCCAAGUCAGUGACCUCAUUCAAUUCAAAGUUGAAUAUUUUGUGGUGCCAGGUUCAAGUAAUGAGCCGAAUGAUGUUUGGUGUCUUGAUGAUUUUUGCUGUUGCAUAUUUGCUCUUGCAGCGAUCAACAACAUCAUCAUCACAGACUAUGCCUGUGACUUUCAUCCUUUUAAUGUUGGGAGUUGGUUGUGGCUAUUGUGGCAAGCUGUGUGUGGAGACACUAGGUGGUAGUGGUAAUGUGUGGCUCUUAUACUGGGAGAUGCUAUGUUUGCUUCAUUUCUUUUCCCUCUGCUGGACACCUGCUUUGUUCCAAAUCCUUCAUGGACCAGUCACUGCAUGGCAAACAACGAAAAAAAAAACAAUUUUUCAGUAUUGGAUUCGCAGAGUUAUCUUCUAUACUAUCUUGCUAGUGUUUCUACCACUGUUCUGUGGUCUCAUGCCAUUUGCUAGCCUAGAUCAAUGGAAAGACCAUUUUACAAUGAAAGGGUCAGAAUUUAACGGAUCGGAAUGGUAAAGCAGUGUUUGGUCGUGGUUAGCCAAUUAACCAGUAGCCAAGCCUCAUUGGUUGUAUUUGCCUAAGUCCAGUUUCAGUUCAUGAUUUGCUAAUUAUUCUGCUCUGAUGUGAUAUUCAAAGUAAUGGAAUGAGUAAUGUAUUAUGAGCACCACCUUGCUUUGCAUUUGCUGCUGUUUAAGACUGUUCACGAGUUCUUACUGAGGGAGAUGUAAUUUUUUGAGGGUAUAAAUUUAUGUAGAAUGGUGUAAAUGUAUUUGACAGUUAAUUAUGAUUUUUUGUAACAAUUAUCUUAGAGUUGUAAACAGGAUGUUACAUUU